UAAGAAGCACCAGCACAGCGACAGUAAGUAAGUGUGAAAAGAACAGGAACAGAAGAGAGAGAAACCGAAUGAUGGUUGAAUUCAGAUGGAUUAAAAUGUUUCUACAUCUGAUACUACUGCAUCAGUGUACAGCAGCUGUCAGAGUCACUGUCAGAGCUGGGGAUGAAGUCACUUUGCCGUGUGAAGAUGUGAUCAAUAAUCAGCGUGAAUGUCACAGCAUUACCUGGAGCUUUGAUCGUUCAUCUGGGAGAGCAGAAGCAGAUGUGGUUAAAGAAGGGCAGAUUGUUGAAAACUCUAAUAACUCAGACAGACUAAGUGUUACAGAGAACUGUUCUCUGUUUAUAAAGAAGGUCACAGAGGAGGAUGCUGGUCGUCACCACUGCAAACAAUAUAACAGAUCUGACACUGUUGAUCUGUCCGUUGUUACCAUGACUGAACAUCAGGACAAUAAGAAUGUGACGUUAAACUGCUCUGUGUUGUCACAUGAAGGGUGUGGACACAUAGUGAAGUGGCUGUUUCAGGGUAGAGAUGUAGGUAAAGAUAACAAAGACUUAACGAUAUCACAGUUUAACUGCUGGACCAGUGUGACCUUCACGACGUCUCAUCAUAUUUACACGUCAGAGGAUUAUAAGAUACUGAAGUGCAACGUGACUGAUGGUGACACUCGAAAAGACUUCAUCUUUGACCUUCAGUCGUCAGGUAAGAAAACAGUAGGAGUGAACAAAACAGCACCUAGAAGCAAUGAUUCAACCACAAAGCCACAACUAGAUCGGUGGUGGUUAUACAUCGUUGUGUCUGUGGGUUUAGCAGCACUCUUUAUAACUGUCGUGGCACUCAUCAGAAGGAGGAGAAAUAAAGGGAACAAAUCACUCGAGGACGAAAACAUGGGUCUGAGCCUAAACCCUCUAGUGACUCAUUCUGCUCCAGAAACCAGUCAAAACACGGCUGAUCCUGAAGGUGGUGUUUCCUACGCCUCCAUCAGCUACACCAAGAAGACCAACGGCAGAACCCAGGUUCAGGGCGAUGAGGAUGCAGUGACCUACAGCACGGUGAAAGCUCCCUCCUCUUCUGCUGAUCCCAGCGACGUCUAAGCCUCCGUCAACACAUCAAACAAUAGCACAGCACAGCGCAGAUACAUCUGAGAUGAUUACAUUCAUUUUAACUUAAUUGUUCAUUAGUUAAAGCAUUCACUCAUUUCACUCACUUUGGAUUUCACUCAAUCCAAAUCUUGAGAGUAUUUUAAGCCUCAUGCCUAUAUAACUCAGUAAUUUAUUGUGUUUUUUUUUUUUUUAUAUAUAUAGGUGCACAACUGCAUUUUAACAUAAGUAUUAGCUUUUCCAUUCUGUAUUGCUGUAAACAGCUUUUUAUCCAGAAGGCCAUAAGGGGGGGCUGUACGUUAAGUUAUCUCCACAAUGUUUUAGUCCAAUAUUCAUAUGGCUGAUUGCCGUAUAAUUUGACUUUUUGCUCAGUGAACUUGCUUUUAGGCA